AUGCCGCCUGUGCCAGCGCUGGCCUUGUCCUCGCCCCACGGCCUUGGGGUCACCACACCGCGCAGCGCAGCGAGCCGGUCUGCCCGCCCGAGCACCACACCGUCUUACAACUGGGAGUCGGCGACGUUCUCGCGCAGUGCGCGGCAUAUUGUCACACCACAGGUUGGCCUUUCUGCCAUGGUCUCCGCCUUGGGAAAUCUCAAGGCUCCCUGGGAGGUCUCCGCCACCCAGAAGUUCACUCCGCGGAUGAGCACCGACGCAGCUGCUUCUGAGAGGCCCUUCUCAGUGGGGCGCUCACGCGCCCAACACAUGCUGAACAUGGCGCUCUCUACCCAGGACGACCAAGCCAAGGUUCGGCGGUUGGAGCAGGCGCUUGAGAUGCCCUGUGUCCGUUAUGAGCGUGCAGCCACUCCGCGGCUGAUGCAGGUGGCCCGAGAUGCCCAAUCUGCCCAAAGAGAGCUCACUAAGAAGGAGCGCCGAGCGCAGCGUGAUGCCGCUUUGGCCAAGCCAAAAGCAGCACCUGCUGCUCCCUCGGUGCAGGAUGAGGACGUGGGCGACGAGGAAAAGGCGGCACUUCGAAUCCAGAGCCUGUAUCGGGGCGGAAAAGACCGAGAGGCAGUGAAGAAGAUGAAGGAUGAAGAGACGCAAGCAGCCCCCAGCUCAGAUCAAGGCUUGGGGGUGAUGCUCAUCGUGCCUGCCACAGGCUUUGAUCUUCAGACCCGUGCGCCGGGUGCUCAGUUCGCAGUUUCAGAAGCCUUCUCCGGGCCUUCGGGCCAGCGGCCAUGGCGUGCAGACCUACUGUACCGCCGACUGGGUGCGGAUCGCUUUUUGCAGCUGCUGGAUGAAGCAGAGGUGUUAACCAAGAAGUUCCAAGAUCGGAUUCGGAAAGCCCGCGGCUUCUUCCACACAGCCAACGGCAUCAUUUGGCACGUCACCCCAGAUGGCGAGGUCAGGGGGCUUCAUGAAAAUGGCUCCAAGAUCCGAGAUCGUGUUCAGGUGACGCCAGAUGACAAGCUGCAGAUUGGGCCGUUCUGCUUGGAUGAGACGCGGACGUGCUCCUGCAUUCACUGGCUCCGCAAGGAUGACCCCACAAAGUCUUGGAAUUGGUCAAGGGACAAUUCCCUGAGAACAAGGGUGCGCUUGGCUACUGGUGAGAAAGCCUAG